CGGGCGCGCGCCGUCGUGAUGGCGGGUUCGGGCGGCAGUGCGCUGCGGGAGAUGCUGGCAGGGAGAGCCAGGAAACGGAAAAGCAGCUUUGGGAGCACCGCAGAGCUCCGGGCAGCGGCUCUGCGCCUCCUGGAUCGUCACCAGAAGCUGAGCGAGCUCCUGCUGGAGGUAGAAGGUUCAGUCAAGCCAGCUGGAGAGGGUGGCAUAGAGCACCAGGAGUUAUCAUCAGAAUCACUUAUUGUCUCUGUUCUGCAGGAACAGGCCUCAAGAUUGGGUGUACCUGCUGCAGUCUUGGCAGCCAAAAAUGCUGUUACCAAAAUCGAGCAGAUCUGCCAGUCUUCUGCAAGCCCAUCUCAAGCACCUCUGCUGAACUUGGACCAGAGAGAAAGGUUGUCUUGCUUGCUUCGAACAGUCAAGGAUUUGUUGGAGAACAAUGUGUUCAGUUGCUCACACUUCUGUCAGGAAAUCUGGAAAAUGAAGGACCUUCCAGUGCUGGAGGCUGUGUGGCACCUGCACAGAAAUGGCAUCACUGGGCUGGCAGAGCUGCUGGAGAGCAGUGCGGAUGGCCGUGCCGUGGAGGAGUGGCUGAGCAGCAGCCUUUGUGCUCUGUGUGAGCGGGCAGAGGGGCCCCCCCAGGACACAGAGAACGUGGGACAUAUUCUCUCAGACUUUGCGAUCAUGUUCCUUCAGAAUGGCUUUCAGCCUUCAGAGCUGGGGAGGAAGCUGGAACUGAAGAAGGUCCCCCAUAUCUGCCAUGCUGUUUUACAAAGAAUGCUGACAUGGGUCCUCGAUGCUGUUGGUAAAGAGAAGGAGGAAAAUGUCUCCACAUUGCAAGCUGUGAGAUUCUGGCUGAAUGUAUUUGAUGUGUCCAUUUACAAAAGCGCAGUUCAUCCGGAUUCCUUGCAGCAGUUUUUUAGACACACCCUGACUGAGAUUCUUACCUACAACCCACUGUUGAAAGUGUCUGAUGCCAUCCACAAGCAGAGAGAGUGGAGCUUUACAAGGACGUGUUCGCUGCUCACUACCUUGUACCGCAAACUGUUUGUGGCAUUCAGUGCAAAAGAGUCGGUCUGCCAGCUGCAGCGAGUGCUGGAGACACAUGAAGUGAAUUGGCAGCAUGUCCUGUCCUGUGUUUCCACACUGGUGGUCUGUCAGGCUGAGGCUGAGCAGUUGUUCAAAGAUCUACUGAGCCAUCUCCUGAUAAAGGCCUUUGAGAAUUAUGAUAUGGAAAAUAUGAUCACUGCAUUUCUGAUAGCCCGUCAGGCUGCCCUCGAGGGCCCUGCUGUGUUCAUGCCUUACUCUGAGUGGUUUAAGGCCUCCUUUGGGAAUGCUAGCAGCCACCAUGGGAGCAGUAAGAAAGCUCUGGUCUUCCUCUUUGAGUUCUUAUCAGAGCUAGUGCCCUUUGAAGUAGCCCCAUACUUAAAGGUCCAUAUAAUGUACCCACCUUUUGUGCCAACAAAACAUCGCUCCGUUCUCUUGGAGUACAUCACUCUGGCUAAAACCAGACUGGCUGACCUCAAGGUUGCUAUUGAAGAUAUGGGACUCUAUGAAGACUUGUCUUCCGCACAUGAAUCCAUGCAGCCCCAGGGCCAGGCACUUCGUGAUGUCGAAAAAGCCCUUCAGAUAUUUGAAAACACAAGGAAGAUCCCAACAUCGGUGAUAGAAGCCAGUAUUUUCAGGCGACCCUAUUAUACUUCCUGGUUUCUUCCUGCUCUGCUCAGGCCACGUGUGCUCCCUAAAAGCCCGGAUGCACGCAUGGCCUUCAUAGAUUCCUUAAAAAGAGCUGACAAAAUACCCUCCAACUUGUACUGCACAUACAUACAAGCCUGUCGUGCGAGGAAGGAGAAAAUGUUACAAGAUGAAUCCCAAGUGGGAUCCAGCCAUUCCAAAGAGCCUGCUGAGCACCUGAAGGCUGAGCUGGCUGCACUGAGGGUGCUGAUUGGAGACCAGGCUAAACACGAAGAUGUGCCAGCACAGAUUGCAGUCAUUUCUGACAGACUCUCCAGUGUGUUGGGUCACAACAGUGAUGAGAAUGAAGCUGCCACUCUGAAUUCCCGAAUCCAAGUUAAUGUUUCUGAGCCCAGUCUGGAACCCUGUCAUCAGAGUGUUGUUGACCUUCUACUGACAUCUUUCUGCCAGAACCUGAUUGCUGCUUCCUAUUUUAACCCUCCUGACAGGCAGGGGCCAUGUCUCUCCUUGUUUGUGAAGAUGAUAUGUGGACAUAGGAGUCUCAUACCUGCCCUCCUGAGGAGGCUCUGCCAGCUUAUUUAUCACCAGGGUCCUUCCCUGAACGAUGCUCAUAUUUUAGGACUAGCUGCUUUUAUGAUCCAUUUAUGUGAAUCCAGAUCUUUAAUUCCUGAAAUAGAAGCUGACUUUGGGAUUUCUCAGCCUGUUGCUGAAAAGGUCCUUUCCAUUUCUGAGUUCUGGAGCUGCUUGCUGGUGUGCAGCACGGAGGAGUCGCUUUCCUUCUGCACAAGGUUCUGCACAGCAGCAGUAUCUUAUCUACUGUGCAAGUUUCCAUCCUUUUCUUGUGACGCUUUAUGUGCCUUGGUUCCUCCUAGUCUUGUUAAAAAGUUGCAGUACAUUGUGCCACGGCUAAGCUUGGAAGCUCGGGGAAUCCCAAGCAAGGAGGAUAAGGCUGAUCUUGGCUGGAGUUCCCUGACCUGCCCUUCUCUAAACUACAGAAGAGCCAGCCUCUGUUUAUGGAAGCAAGCACGAUUUCAAGAGCUUUUGAAGGAAAAAGCAUUCCAGUUAUCUUUCAGAGAGUGGCUGCUGUUGGAACUAGAGGUGCACCCUGAAAAGGAUGUUCUUUCUGCUUCAGAAAGGCAGGACUUCCAUUACUGGGCUAUCUAUCAGUGGUAUCUUCCAGCACCUUCUGCUUCUGGUGGCUGUGAUGGAGACCUGGAAAAGGCAUGUGGCACCAUUAUCGAUUGCAUUCUGGAUUUCUCACAAAGGUUGGAGCUGGGUAGCUGUGGCCAACUGAAGUCAGUCAGUUCUGAUAUUCUUUGCAAGUUGCAGGAGAUGGUACUCGAGCUGGGAUGUAGGCGAAGGCCACUUUCAGGCUGCUUGGCUGCCAAGAGACACUUCUUGUUUGAGAUUCUCCAGGAAAGGCUGAAAGACAGACACCAUGGUUCUGCUUUGGGUGAACAGCUUUGGAGGCAGCAGGAGCUGCUGCUGCACAGAAGGAUUCUGGUGGGGCUCCCUGCAUCCACUCUGAUCGUGACUUGUCGAAAAGGAAAGAAAACUCUGUUGGACUGUGAAGAUUUUUUUCAUUAUGUGAACUCAGAGCUGAAGAACAUCUGUUCCAGGGGGUAUGCACUGCCCUAUGGCAUCACUGCACACUUCUUCAGGGGCCUGCUGAAUGCCAGCUUGGACUGUGAAGAAUCAGCAGAAGGGGUCAACGAUGUUCUAACAGUGUGUCAAACCAAGUGUCCCAUUGUGCUGCUCUCUGCAGUGCUCUGGUGGCCACGGUUGGAGCCAGUACUUUGCUCUCAGUGGAAGAGACUCUUUGGUGCUCCACUUCCAGAAGAAUUGGAGAGACUGAGGGAAUGCCAGUCCUCAGCAAUGGGCUUCCUUUCUUCAGGACGGGUUUUCCCUCCCUCUGGCCCUCCUUUGAUUUCUGCUGCCUUCCUCCAUUGCACUGUUCAACAGCACUCAUCACGUGGAAGAGAGAGAAAUGCACUGAAGAGACUGGGAACUGAUACAGAGCAGUUUCUUGUUUCUCUGCUGUUCUUCUCACUCAUGGAUCUAAUCUCAGCAAAAAUAGCACCAAAGGAAGGUGUGGAUGUUCAGACAUCUCUGGAAUGGGCCCUGGAGAUCUUGCAGUGCCUGGAAGAGAGAGGCAUAUCCUGGCCACUUCUCUUCCUGUCAGGAGAAGAAGGCUCUAGAAAAUACUCUGUCCUGCACUGCGCAGCCUCAGACCGCCACAGCCGGCUCUUGCCUGUUGCCUUCUACAGCCUUACCCCCGGCUUUCACCGCAAGCUGCUCACCAGAGAGCACUUCUUCCUUUACGUGGCACUCAAUCUCUACAUCCAGCUGCUCCAGCUCUUUGUGGAAGGGAAAGACCUGCCCCAGCCUGAGCAGGCAGAUCCCUUAGAAGUGAUCUCUACAGCCCGUCAAUUUCUCCUUGGUGCAAUUCCAUGCUGCCCUGCCAAAAGCUUUGGAAACAUAGGACUGUUACUGGAGGCAUGUGAAAAACUUGACCCAGAGGUAGGAGCCACCCUCCAGCACUUCUCCCGGCCUGCUGCAUCCAUGGAAGUAGAUGAAGAGCUGCUCCUGUUCUGAGUGACAGUGACACUGCUGCAGGGAG